UGUGGGGCGCGUGUGCGCCGCGCCCGCCGCUCCCGCCCCGCGCCCCCGCCACCCGCCGCCCCCGGCACCCCGACCCUCCGCCGAGCCCCCCCCACCCCCCCAGCACCGCCAUGGCCGACGAGCUCGACUUCACCACGGGCGAUGCCGGCGCCUCCUCCACCUACCCCAUGCAGUGCUCAGCGCUGCGCAAGAACGGCUUCGUGGUGCUCAAGGGGCGCCCCUGCAAGAUCGUGGAGAUGUCCACCUCCAAGACGGGCAAGCACGGCCACGCCAAGGUCCACUUGGUUGGUAUUGAUAUCUUCACUGGUAAAAAGUAUGAAGAUAUUUGCCCAUCGACUCAUAACAUGGAUGUUCCAAAUAUCAAGAGGAAUGAUUACCAGCUGAUAGGCAUUCAGGAUGGGUAUCUCUCUCUGCUGACGGAAAGUGGUGAAGUUCGUGAGGAUCUAAAGUUGCCAGAAGGGGAUCUCGGCAAAGAAAUAGAAGGAAAAUUCAAUGCCAAUGAAGAUGUGCAGAUUUCUGUCAUAAGUGCAAUGAAUGAAGAAUGUGCUGUAGCCAUAAAGCCUUGCAAGUAAAGAAGAUCGCCAGGCUCGGGCAACUGCUCAGGUCUGGACAAACCACAGAUCUAUAAAUUUGGUUCUUAUUGUCACCAAAGCUCUGGCCUUCACAAGCAACCUCAUUUCCUUUUUGAAUUGUUAAAAAGCAGUGCUGGAUUCUGGAUUAGUGUUGCAGGCUAACUGGCAGUUUUCAAAAUCACUGAGAUUUUAAUUCCUUAAUUGUAACUAUUUUAACAUUCCUGUGGGUUUCAGCUAUGGAUCUAAGAAACCAAUCAGGUGUUACUAGUGGAUAUAUUUUUAUUUGCUUGAGCAAAACAGUGUUUGUCUGUAUGAACAGACAAAAUACAGUAUUCAGGGGCUUUUAGAUAAGCUGGUAGGUAUCUAGGAUUAUAAAGUGACCUAGAGCACAAAUAGUAUUUUUCUUGACAUCUUUAGGUAGAACUGACAAUAAAAGUAGCCUUUUUUUUUUCUUUUUUUUAAAGCUUAAGUACUUUGUGGAUUGGGACUCUUGCAGAACUGUAGGUGCCAAUCACAACUUUUAGACCAAGAAACUCAAGUGAUCAGAAAUGCCAGCUGGCUUGACCAAGCCCCGGUGGCCAUGUGCAACUUAACUGUAUUACCUCUGUUUUCUUCUUUGCCAACUUGUUGGCUUAUUGUAAUGAUAAAAUGGUUUUAAAAAAAAAAGCCUACCUGUAGUUUAGGCAGGCAAUUGGAAUAUUGGGUAGAUAAGACAUAGAUAGGUCAAGGGGACACAAAGGUGAGAAUGGAUGUUAAAGCUAUAGACUUUCACUCGAGGCCUUUGUCAGACUUGAAAAAUAAAAUAGAAAAAUGCAGUUCAAUUGCUUUCCUUUAUUAUAUUUAUCUUAAAACUAUAAAAGGGUGACAAACUCCAUGGGAAUCUGUUGCAGUGCUUCCAGCUUUAGGUUUUAACCUUCAGGUUCAGACCAUAUUUUUGUAGCACAGGGACCACAUGUUUUUCAAAAAGUGGGACAAACUGUAGCAUUGAGCCUAAACUAAAUGCAUGUGAUUCUUUUUAAGAAAAAAAUAAAACUAUUGUAUUUUCAAAAUAUAAACUUGACAGACGAUACCGAACAACCAUGGCUUAACUAUAAAAGUAAAACACUUGCUACCUAGUUAGGAAAGCUGGCUCCUGUCCUAGAGAGUUCUGAGUCAUAGCAACACGCCUGCAUGCCUCUAACUAUAUAGUAGCUUAACAAGGCUUCACAGCAAUAGUUAUGGAUAAUUAGCCUGCUCCUGUUUAAGGCGUUCAGCUUGAAUUCUAAGACUUGGUGACUCUUCACGAGUGGGAAACUUCCUUAGUCCAUGGCUCAGACCUCUCUUCACAGCUGAUAAAUCGUUCCAUGAACUUGCCUUAAUCUUCAGUGGCUGGUGGAGGAUGACAUGUAAGCUCGUGGCUUGCUGCCCCAGACAGCACGCACAACUCGCACCACUGGCAGCGAGAGUCAGGCUUCACGCUGCUCUCAGCUGCUUCAGAUGUGUUCAGCUUCAUAGUUUGUACUCUCUAGUCCCCGAAGGGCUCGUGGCAACUGUCCUGAACUGCCCUUGGACACAACCAUGGCAGGGCUUAGCAAAUGCAGGUGGCAAAAACAUGCAUUUCCCACAGACUCCUCACGCCAGGGAGAGCAGUACCAGUGAUGGUAAAGACAGCAAUAAAUACACUCUGGUAAUAAAGCACAGUUACCUGGGACACCUGGCAGAAGCAGGACCUGCCUCAUGCUCUUGCCCAGCACAAUACAUGUUGCAGGUGAACUCUGUAAAUAGCACCUUGACUGAAAUGGCAAAGCUGCUCUUGGAAGAAGCUGUAGAUUGUAUAAUGCCUUCAGAAUAGUUCUGAAGCGUGUGUGGAAUAGGUGAGGCUACUCUGCACUAUGCUCAUUCCUGCCUCUCCAUUGGGCUGGUACCUGGAAGACAGGCUUUGUUGGCUUUGGAGAUGACUAAAAGCACUGAUGAUAGUGCUGACAGCAAUUUGAGCUGUGUGGCGUCACAUGGGAAGUCAUAGGUUGCUAUAUCAAACUAAUGCAAGUUCUAAUGCUAUCACCAUAUUAGAAAUACUUCUCAUAUGCUUGAAAACUACGAGACUUGAAUUUGUCCUUGUUCUUGACAGUGUUUUAGUCUACUUUCAGAUGCCUGCCUAUCCUCAAAACCCUUGUUGGAAGACAGGUAUUUGAUGCCACUGGCUCACAAUCUGAGCAGUUACUCAGACUAAACUCUCUGGGACCAGGGCUGGUUUUAGUCCUGUUCCUACAAGCGGGGUUCAGGCCUGACUGAAGUUUUCAAGUAAUACAGCAAUCUAAAGAGGUUUUAUGACCUCCAGCUUGCUGGAAGAGCCCUCCUUGGGCCUUUCAGACAUCCUUCUAUUGCAACCUUCAGUUCUGCAAGAUUUAAAUGGUUAAGUACUUCAUUAUAGGUUUGUUCUUAUAUACUUAGUUGUCUUUUGUGAAGCACUUCAGACACCAUGGAAGUGCAAAGCAUCAUGCAUGAAGCUUCCCAUAAGAUAAUACAUAAGCAUGUCUUAAGCAUAAUCUCCAAGUUUCAGUAAGGUUAAAAGUUGCUUCUAAAUUAGAACAUGUAUUUGAGGCAUUUUUUUUUUCCAAACCGAGGUGUUUCAGUUUCCUGUCAGAAUCGUUGCAACAAACUUUGUUUGUGAUCAGUAAUCCAUAGAGGUGUGUAUUUUUAAGAUCCAUAACCAAGUGCUUAGGGAAGUUCUUUCAUAGCUUUGCUUAAAAACAAAUCUUACCAGUGUAUUUGUUCUGUAUUACUGUCUUAACACUUAAAUUGUGUCAAAAUCAUAAACUAUAAACUUCUGAUAGCUGAUGGCAAUUGCUUAAAGGCUGUGAACACAGGGAGGUGAUGAGAAGUGUUUCCACUCCAAAUAAUGCAUUUUUUUAUGGCUCCUGUUCAUUGAGUUUCUCUUACUACUUUACACAAUUGGAAAGACUGCAGUGUUUCCUGUCUCAAAUGUUGGCAAAUAAUACUUUGAGAUUUCAAUAGAUGCUUCUAAUUUUUGCUUACAAUGGUGGUUUUUCAACUGGGCUCUUGCUGGUUGAGCCAUGUUCUCAGGGCUGUUUUUUUUAAGAAGUUAGCUGAAGUUCAUUGUUUCUCUUGCAGGUUUUUGUAAUCCACAGUGUACCCAGAAACGGUGCACGGUCUGUAGUUUCACAAUGCAGAUAAUUUUACCUAAUCUGUAAAGAAGUCAAGUUUGUUGACAGUUCAAACUCUUAUGGUUGCUGCAGGUCAGUCUCACAGAACUCAAAAUUCAAUAAAUCCCACUUUUUUUCCUUUUUUUUUUUAAUUUUAUUUGGUUGAGUAAUUAGAAUGUAGUUUGUUACAGUAGAACUAAAUUCAGGCUAUUAUAAAAGAACCUUGCUAAGGAUAUUUCGAGUAUCCAUUGGGAAUGUUGUGAAGGUGUGGAUCCUGGAGGCAUGGUGGAGCGAUCAGCAUGGAAUGAGGGGGUCGGGAGCCUCUCCAGCGCCUGCAGCCCGGCCCUACAGGAUUUGGCACCCGAGAGUGACUUGGUUUGUGAACUCCAAGGAACUGUUUGCUGUGCUUUGCUGUAUCGCAGAAACCCUUGUUGUCCUGUGCUGUCUGUUGUAAGCAAACCUGUCUUCUCCGAGGGAAAAGGGGAAAAGGGGAGCGACGGCCACAGCUGGAGUUACGGAUCAUGGGACAAUCCAAACCCUGCUCCCGGCCUGAGCAGCUCCCGCGGCUCUCUUUUGGAAGCUUGUGUUCUCAACACCAUGGAAACGAUCAGGGGAAAAGAGAUUUGUACGUGUGUGUUUUGCUCCAGAAAUAAUAAUAAUAAAGGUGUCAGUGCUGUGGG